AUGCCACGCCAAACACCUGCAAGUACAGGUCUUCGAUGUUAUCCACUUCGUCUCGGUCCCGGUGUUGAAUUGAUCUCUACUAUUCAUGAAUUAAUGGAAGAUAUUGGUGUACAAUCGUUGUUUAUUUUGAGUUGUAUUGGAACAUUAUCUCAAUGUUCGUUAAAUUCGCGUCAAUUGAAUAAGAAAGAAUACGAAAUCGUCUCAUUAAAUGGAACAUUCGAUAGCGAAUCGCAUCAUCUAAUGGGCUCAUUUGCCGAUCCUCAAACUGGUGCAUUGAUUGGUGGUCGAGUUCAUUCAUUAACCGUGCAUUCGACUUGUGAGCUGAUGUUAGCCGAGCCGCUUGAUUGUACGUUCUCUCGCGCAUUUGAUCCUCGGACUGGUGGAAAUGAACUAGUCGUUAGGCGGAAACUUCUCACUGAUCCUUAG